AUGAUGGCAGUUAAGUCCUCCUACUUGGGUUUCAUCUCCUGUGACCAGACAGGCUGUCAGAACACGGUCCCUGACAUCCAUGGAGGCUCUGAGCCUGGGAAGGUAGCAGGAAGCAUGGGUGACCUGGCUCUGCAUGGGGCAGAAAGACAGGUAGAAAGAAGCACCUCAGAUGAGGAGGCCAGCAGCCAGCCUGAGAGCUGA